UAUGGAGAAAAAUCUCUUGCGCUACCUCACGAUGUUUCCCAGUCUCUCAAGUCCGAAUCAGUCUCUGCAAAAGAUAUUGUCUGUAAACUGCUGAAUCUUUCAUCGCUGAAAGCUCCAGCUCCUGACGAUAGAAAAUGGAUCCGUUGUCAUACGAGGGAUGCUAAGGAUUAUGAUAGAACUGAUGGGGUUAAUUUCUCGAGAGAAUAUGCGCCAGCGUGAACAACAGAUAAAAAUUAAACGUCCAUUCCACCUCAGUGGUUCAUAAUUGCCAGGGCUCGUCACUGUAGAGCACUUCUAGGGUAAAUAUUGUUACUACUUAUCUUAGAUGGGCUACUGAUUCUUCACAGGUAUCCCUCCCCCCGGCAUUUCGCUGGCACUAAUAAAUACUUAGGCGAGGGAGGGAGUCCAAUGGGGAGAAAUUGACCUUCUCAACAUAACAAGCCGGGCAGGGCUCGAGCCCGGACCACUCGAUCCAGAUUACAGAGCGUGGACCCUUAGCACACCGUAUCUCAGAGUACAUUGAACAUCGCCUAGAUAAGCACGAUCUUUGACUUAUCUUCCUUUCCUUUUAUUUCCUUUUUUCAGUGUUGAGCACUUUCAUCACUCAAAAUUUUUUGUUUGUAAUUCUUUCCUAGGUGGAAAUGAGGAGACAUCAAUGA